CUUCCUCUCUAAGAAGUGGAGCAGACCAGUCUGGUUACAUUUGUAUGUGCCGUUAAAUACCGUUAUCUAGCUACCUAACCAAACGGGGUAGCCACACAUCAGAGGUGAAUAUGGCGAAAACAUACGAUUACCUCUUUAAACUCUUACUCAUCGGAGAUAGUGGCGUUGGCAAGACAUGUCUACUCUUCCGAUUCAGUGAAGACGCGUUCAACACCACCUUUAUUUCAACAAUAGGGAUUGACUUCAAAAUCAGAACUAUUGAGCUGGAUGGGAAGAAAAUUAAACUCCAGAUUUGGGACACAGCGGGACAGGAGAGGUUUAGAACCAUUACCACUGCUUACUACAGAGGGGCCAUGGGUAUAAUGUUGGUGUAUGACAUCACUAAUGAGAAGUCCUUUGACAACAUUAAGAACUGGAUCAGAAACAUAGAGGAGCAUGCGUCCUCUGAUGUGGAACGGAUGAUUCUGGGCAACAAAUGUGACAUGAACGAUAAGAGACAAGUGUCACGAGAGAAGGGAGAAAAGUUAGCCAUUGAUUAUGGAAUCAAGUUUUUGGAGACAAGUGCAAAAUCCAGCACAAACGUGGAAGAGGCCUUCUUCACUCUUGCCAGAGACAUCAUGACCAGACUGAACAGGAAAAUGAAUGAAAGUAAUCCAUCUGGUGGGGGAGGACCAGUCAAGAUCACAGAGAACCGCUCAAAGAAGACCAGCUUCUUCCGAUGCACACUCCUCUAACCAGCCACUCUCACUGUGUGUGUGUGUG